CUGUGGAAAUGUUUCCUGAAGUGGAACUUAUUUGCUCCAUCAGACUUCAAGUCUGUUCGUGGCAUGAUGCAAUGGAGCUGUUUCAGGUAGGUUAGUUGCCAAAUAGUAUCAACAACAAUAGUGCAGAAGUACCUCCAAAACCAACAAACAAAUGUGUUAGUAAUGAGCUGUUCCUUUUGUCUGACUGAUAAGAGCACAGAAUGUUUUGAAAUGAAAAUAAAACGUUGCUGCAGACCUUCUCACAUAAUUCCAGUUGUAGGUGAGGAAACCAAGAACAGCUCUUGGCUGGAAUAGGUGAGGCUGCUUUGGCAGAGCUAGAGUUAGAAGGCAGACUUCCAGAUUUGUUUCUGUUCCCUGGGUAGAUUGAGCAUGCUGCCAUGCUGAGCUGACACAGCCAAUGGGGCUUUGUGUUUUUGUCUGGUUAAACCUCUGUGGAUUGAAGUGGGAAGGGAGAGCUUUUGCACUGCUGAGUCCUGUUGGUGAACUCCUAGCAGUGCCUUCCUAAGGAGAUUAUUGACUUGGCUUUGGUGCUGCUUCUGUGUCUGCUCUAAAUUACUGCUGUUGGUGUUAGGGAGGAAAUUCCAACAUUACAUUCCUUCCUGGCACAUCUGCAACAGCAGGCAGCAUUGGCCUUGUCUUCUCCAAAUCCAAGGUGACCAUCCAGUGAUUUCCUCCUGGAGGUGAUUGGUGUGAAACAAGAGGAGAGAUGGAAAAGUAAUGGCACAUCCAUCCCAACUGCGAGGUUCUGCUGGUUCAUUCAGUUGCCUCUGAAAACGGAGGGAUUUGUUAAUGAAGGAAAAGUGUCAUGCAUAAAGAAGUCUGUUGGCAUUAAUGACUCGUUGAGGGACUCCAAGGCUCCAUGUUGAGGCAGAAAUGGCACUUCUCAGCUGUGAGUGUGCUGGCUGCUGAGAGUUGGGCUGGUUGGGCUUUUGUGGGCUUUAUUCCUUGUAUGUGUGUUGAAUAAGAAACUUUUUUCUCACAGAGCUCGAGAGUGUUAUGUUGUCUAUGUGUGAGUUCAAACUGGCUUUGUAAUAGCCUUUGAUUCACUGUAGGCAGUGGCUGAAGGCUUUAAAAAUAAUAGAAUAAAAGAAACCAAAACAGUCCUGAGUUCUUGCUGCUGGUUGUUGGAUGCGUCCUGAGUUCCUUUAAAACUUUAAUAUCUCAGCAACUGAAUUAUUUAGUGGUUGAAAGUUGCUGGCCCCCAAUUAUAGUAGUUUCCUUGCCAAAUUGCAUCUUUGAAAUAGAAGUGUUCUUCUGGGUAAGGUACACCCAUAAAAUGCUUUUUUUUUCUUUUCUAUCAGCCAAAGCGGUGAAGUGAGAACCAAGCACACAAACCUUUGAAAGGCCCCCAGGAUCCUCUCUGCAAAGGGCAGAAAGGAAAGCAUCUGCCAGCACUUGCUGAAAGCUGAAUCUCUGCUUUCAGAGAUUAUACCCUGCUCUUCUGUCCUGUUAGGGAUGUUCCUUGCACUGAGCUUAUGAAGUAAAAGCUGCACUAUAGGAAUGGUUCUUCGUCUGUGGAGUGAUACUAAGAUCCAUCUUGAUGGCGAUGGUGGCUUCAGUGUGAGCACUGCUGGGAGAAUGCACAUCUUCAAGCCAGUGUCGGUGCAAGCCAUGUGGUCUGCUCUACAAAUCCUCCAUAAAGCCUGUGAGGUUGCCAGAAGGUACAACUACUUCCCAGGUGGGAUGGCCUUGGUCUGGGCCACGUACUAUGAAAGCUGCAUCAGCUCUGACCAGAGCUGCAUCAAUGAGUGGAAUGCCAUGCAGGACCUGGAGUCCACCCGCCCCGACUCUCCAGCUCUGUUUGUUGACAAGCCAACUGAAAGGGAACGGACAGAACGCCUGAUUAAAGCCAAGCUCCGGAGCAUCAUGAUGAGCAAAGACCUGGAAAAUGUGACUUCCAAGGAGAUCCGGAAUGAGCUGGAAAAACACAUGAAUUGCAACUUGAAAGAAUUCAAGGAAUUCAUAGACAAUGAAAUGCUGCUUAUCCUGGGUCAGAUGGACAAACCCUCUCUGAUUUUUGAUCACUUGUAUCUGGGGUCGGAGUGGAAUGCCUCUAACCUGGAGGAGCUGCAGGGCUCAGGCAUUGACUACAUUUUGAACGUGACCAGGGAAAUUGAUAACUUUUUCCCUGGCUUGUUUGCUUAUCACAACAUCCGGGUGUAUGAUGAGGAGACGACUGACCUCCUGGCUCACUGGAACGAGGCGUAUCAUUUCAUAAACAAGGCCAAGAAGAAUCACUCCAAGUGCCUGGUGCACUGCAAAAUGGGCGUGAGCCGGUCUGCGUCCACUGUGAUAGCUUAUGCAAUGAAAGAGUUUGGCUGGUCACUGGAAAAGGCCUAUAAUUACGUGAAGCAGAAACGCAGCAUUGCAAGGCCAAAUGCAGGCUUCAUGAGACAGCUUCUGGAGUAUGAAGGCAUUUUAGAUGCAAGCAAGCAACGCCACAACAAGCUGUGGAAGCAGCAGGCAGAGAGCAACCUCCCCCAGAGCACAGAUGGCACCGCAGGGUCAGGUGACUUCUUACUUGAGAGCUUGGACAUCGACCUUGAAAACCGGCUGGCUGACCUGGACACCCCAUCGCAGUCAGCAUACCUGGACAACCGAGCAGGCACCGAGCUGCCCAUAGGCUUCAAUUACUGCUUCCGCCGCCUCUCGGACACGCUGCUGGAGAACAAGGUGCCUGGGGACAGGGGCAGCUUUUGCCACGUGGAGCAGCUGGAACGGGAUGCGCUCACAGAGCGUGCGGCCUCGCUGGCGAGGCAGCCUCCAGCUGUGCCUCCAGAGAUGGCCAAAGGCCUGGAGCCAGCAGAGCCUCUGGCAGAGCUGAGCAGCUUCUGUGACAAGGAGGUGAAGAAGAAACGAGAGUUCAGCCCUCGGAAGGCGAGGAUGGUGCUGGGCGCCGUGGAAGCAGGGGAGGAUGGUAUCAGGGAGGAAAACCCGGUGGAGAAGUGGAAGCGGCGGUUGUCCAUGCACAAGGAGGAGAGCAGGCUUAAUAGGGAGAACUUGAAUAACAACAACAGCAAAAGGAGUUGCCCAGAGGAUUUUGAGCAUGAUGCUGUGUUUGGGAUCCUCAGUAAAGUCAAGCCUUCCUACCAGUCCUGUGCUGACUGCAUGUACUCCUCGGGCAGCCUGGCUCCGGACUCUUUUGGGGAACAGUGUGAGAAGCUGAACUCCAGCUCUGCACACCGCAGCUCCACCAUCUGCACACAGCCAGCCCUCCUCUCCCACCUCCCCCCAUUGGGGGAGCACCUUCUCAGCAGGGCACGCAUGGAGGAGGGAAUGGGGACUAGAAAUACUGAGGCACUGCUUCCUCUGUCGGCAGGAGGCGGUGCUUUGGAAGCCGGUGCUUGCAAAUCAAUGGUUGCUCAUCAGUGUGGCUUUUCAGAAAAAGGAAAAGAUGCACCAGAAAUCCCUGUCAGAACACUGCAGCCCAGGAGAAACUCGCACUGUGACAAGAGCCUGCUUAGCACAGAAGUGGUGAAAGAAGAGUCUCUGACCAGAAAAGAUAGCAAACCUACCAAGGAUCCAAAGUACUUGUUCAGUAAAGACUUGGAAAAGCCAAGUGCUAACAGUUACUUGAUGCAGCAUCAGGAGUCCCUUAUUCAGUUGCAGAAGGCAGGCUUGGUCAGGAAGCACACCAAGGAGCUGGAGCGGCUGAGGAGCCUGCCCUCAGACACCUCAGUGCUGCUCCGAGAGAGCGCCCUGGGCAGGACAGAGCCCAGCAUCGCAGAGGAAGGCGAGGAGCUGGUUCCACAUCCCGGCCUCGUGCCCCUCCUGAGGCCUUCACCACCUGAACCCGGAGAUGCUGAAAGCGACCUGGAGAAGCUGGAGGUCAAACGCGUGCUGGACGGGGGGACCUCUCAGAAAGCCUCCGUCCCCAUGCUGUGCAGGCUGGAACACACCAGCAGCUUCACCAAGGACUUCUUGAAGACCAUCUGCUACACCCCCUCGUCCUCCCGCAGCUCCAAUCUGACGCGCAGCUCCAGCAGUGACAGCAUCCACAGUGUGCGUGGCAAGCCAGGCCUGGUGAAGCAGCGGACUCAGGAGAUCGAGACCCGGCUGCGGCUGGCCGGCUUGACUGUCUCUUCCCCUCUGAAGAGGUCCAACUCUCUUGCCAAGCUGGGGUGUCUUAACCUGUCUUCCGAGGACCUGUCCAGCGACGUGGACGUGUCGACCAUCACGGGCUCCAAGGAGGCCGUUUCCAGCGAGUCUUCCGGGCUCUGUGAGCCACCCUCUGCUCCAAGGGGAGCAGAUGUUGGCUCCAAGAUGUCAGCCAAGCCGGCACUUGGGAACAUGAAGACUCCGCUUUGGCUUGGCAAAAGUUGAUGCCUUCUAUGUGGGGAGUGGGGGGCUGGAUAUUUGUUGUUGGUUUUUUUCUUUGUUAUUUUUCUAAGGCAUUUAUUCAUUGCACCAAUCAUCUGACUUGCACCCAUCAUCUGAUGCCACCUCUUCUUCCCUUCCUUGUACUCUUAAGUGGGGAGAAAAAAGUAAUUGGGUCAUGGAUGGCACAAGGGAAAAAUAAAAUGUUUUGCAUGGCUUAGAAGAGGACCGUGUGUGUGAAUCCGCCUGUUGUCCUGCAGGAUGCUGUUUCUCAUAUGUUUGCCAAGUACAAUAAUGCAUUUUGUAUAUGGAUAGAUACUUCCAUCUACCUGUAUAAAAUGCUGAAUUGAGAGUCUCAGCAAAACAAUUAGUCAUUACUUCAUUUUUUUUUAAAUUUUUUUUAACUGAAAUGUCUCCUAAAACAAGCAAUUGUGGGAAAACCUUUAAAGCAGUGACACGAACGCUACCUCUGUUCCUGCCGACUUGUAAUUGUGGCUUGUUUGGGUUUUUAAAGGCUUUUCCCACCAUACUGACUGUUAUCUGAAGGCGUUCCCUUACUGUUAGCUGUGAUCUCCUGGAGGAGCAGUGCUGGGCUGUCCUGCACUGUGUGCUCUUGCUGUAAUGUCAAGUGAAGGAGUGUGAAGCUGUGUUCGUACCGACUGUGAUCCGUUGGCGUUGACCUUUGCUGCAUGACCACGUGAAUCGUCGUCGUCUCCUGUUGGUGAUGGAGUGCAUCCAGGUUGUGUUGCUGUGGAAGGUUCAUCGUGCUCAGCUGGAGAGGUGCUGUGCCCUUUGGGUGUUUUUUGCUGUUGUCUUGGUUUGUGAUGUCCCAGUGAUGAUGACCAACCAGUGAGUGGCCGUGCACCGUAGUGAUUCUCAAUGUGUGAUGCUGUGUUGGUGUCGUGGGGACCCUUUUUGGGCUGCUGGUGGCACACAGGACAGUGAAGUUAUUCCCUACCUGGUGGGGAAGGGCAGUGCCUGGCUGCCCGGCUGCCUGCAUUCCCUUUGCAGUGUGGAGCAGGCUGGGGUCAGACCAGAGCUCACAGGGCUGAGAUGGCAAACAGAUGCUCUUGGAACUCCCAGGCUGAGAGUGAGCCCCAAACCUCUAAAAUCCUGUAGAGCCCCAUCAAAGCCAUUCUUAACGAUCCUCUCAUUGAAGUGAGGGAAAAGCAGGACUGUGAACUGUCAUUCUCAGCCCACGUUCAUCAAAACCUCAAUGGCUUGAGAAAAGGGAGCUGUGUGCUUUGCUGUCCUACAUGCCCAGAAUUACCCUUAUACAAGGCUGUACUUUUUUAUACUAGCAGUGUGAGGAGUUGUAAGGAGUGGGAAUCAGUGAAUAAAUGUCCCUCUUUAAAGGGUCUUAAAUUCCCCAUGCAUUUUAAGGGCAUUUUUCCUAUUUCUCCCACAAACCAUCAAUUGAAGCAGAGCUCCUACAUGUGGGGCCCUGGAGGAGACACGUGGGGCUCUGCCUCCUGGAGGGCUUGGGAGAACACGGGUUUAUACAGAUGCUGAUGCCCACUGCCAUCACCAAGAGCUUGGUGGUGCCACCAAUGGCACUGCCAUCAGAAAGGUGCGCUGUGCCAUCCCAGGGGGGUUUGUAGCCAAAUCCGUGAUGCUCACAGGCUUGGAUGUGUUUGCAUGAGAAGGUAGAUGGUUUGCUUUUGUUUUCCACGUAUCGUAAUCGUUCUUUUACAAUGGAGUGCCUUACGACUAGUUUACAAAUACUGUGUAUUUACGCUGAGCUGUUGGACUCUGCUGUUUGCUGUUCAUUUCUUGGUGCUUUCGGUGUAUCCGGUGGCAUUGAACUGCUGCCACUUCCUCCAGCCCCUCUCAGCCCUUCCCCAUUUCAUUGCUGCCCAGGGGGCGCACAGCAAACUCCUGCCGCAACCCAAACCCAACCCCGUCCCAAUGGAAGACCCCCAACGGGGCCCUGUUCUCCCACCUGAUCCCCAUUGGGUUGGCUCAGCAGCUGCGGGAGGAGAGCGAGGGGUGGGCGCUGUGCCGCGUCCAGUGCACCGCUGUCCUCUCUGGUAACAACGUUCUUUUUAUUCCAUUGUAUUUCUGAAGUCUGGUUUUAUAUUUAAAUCAGCCGUAUUUUUUGUACUGUGCGUUGACGGUAGGGGAUGCAUAAUGCACUUUUUUUUUUUUUUUUUUUACUUUUGUUUGUACAAACGUUCUGUAUAUUGUAUGUCCUUCUUGUGAGAAAAAUA